AUGAUAGGUGGAAAUAGAGAUACUAUAGGCGAUGGUCCUAACCGCUUCCUUGACAUGUUUUCGUUCGUAAAAAGUGAUUUAUAUAAUCACAACUAUGAAUUUUUUUUUUCUGAAAUUUCAUACGGUCCUUUUUCAGUAAAUAACGAAGAUCAUAUUGGGGAUAAUUUCUUAAGAUUAGCAAAAUUCGGAAAUAAAAACAUGGCCAAAGAUUUAGCUAAUAAAAUGAGGUUGGAAUAUGAGAAAAACAUGUUUACUAUUUCUGAAAGAGAAGGGAUAGGAGUUAGACACUUUAUAGAGUUUGAACACCCUUAUAGAGUUUGA